ACACACACACACACACGCCACACAGCCAACACCGGGUCGAGCACUGCGCUGCUUGACAAAGAAGAACUUGCUCCAACAACGAUAAAGCAAGCGGGGGCGCUUGUGUGUUUCGCAUCGGGGAUAGCAACCCAGCUUUUUCUCUCUCCCAUCGACAAGCAAUUUGCUGUCGUCGCUGGUGCUGAGCCGCUGGAACAACAACGACAACCACAACUGCAACGCCCAAUACACACACACACCCGUCCACACGUAGCUGUACACGUCCACAGCCACACACGUCUACACAUAGUUACACAAACGCACACCCACGCACACGCCCACAACACCAGCCAUGCCCAUCACAAACUACCUCAAGACGGUUCCUGCCAAGCUGCAGGAGGUCUACGAUGACAAGCUGGCCAACUAUGUGGCCGAAGAGUUUGACACCAACAUGACCUAUCUCGAGGAGAUCCUGCCCGAGAUUGCCAAGCACUUUGACGCGGCACAGCAAGACAACCACACCUCACAUGCUGACGAUGAGGAGCACAAUGAUGAUGACGCCUCCCAUCACGAGCGAGUGGUGCUGCCAAAGACGCCAUCACACAAGAAGCGCCAGCGCCCGCGCUUUGCCGGACAGAAGAAGAAGAUGCCUGUUCUUGACGACAACGCAAGCUCACAUGAGCCGUCCCCGAUUCGCACGCGCGCGUCUCUGCUGUCGGGCGCACUCAACAACUCCACAAACGCAUCGCCCUGCCACCUCAAUGGCGGUCGUGCAAAGCCCAAGCGCGCAGCCGCCGUCGCCGCCACACAGCGCAUGCAAACCCGCGCCUCAAUCGCUGCUGCUGCUGCUGCAAGCAAUGCCGGCACACCCUCCCCGCGCAAGGCCGUGCGCGCUGCCAGUACGUCAUCGCCAGCACCCGCAGCAUCCCCAUCCCAAGAUGAUGCGCCUGCAACUGUCAAAGCAACGCGCAAGCAGCAACAGCAAUAUGCACAUGCUGAUGACGACACAGAGCACGACUCGUGUGCCACAUCGACUGCUGUGACGUCGCCGGCAGAGUCUCACACGUGCUCUCCUGCAUCGUCCCCUCUUGCAUCAUCAGCAUCGUCCUCGUCUGUGUCGUCCACAAGUAAGCAGGGCAGGCGCAAAGCCACCAAGGCAGCAUCACGCUCCAAGAACACACAAAACCGCACACGCAAGACCCGCAAGCAGACGUCCAAGAAGCAGCAGCAGCAGCAGCAGCAACAGCAGCAAGCGGACGAUGACAGCGACUCUGACUUUGAGCCGGAGACGGCUGUGAAGCAGCGACCACGCCGCACAACACGCACGCGCGCAGGCCGCAAGAAGAAGGCAGCGGAAGAGACCGACAACACCAACGCUGCUGCUGACGUUGGCGAGUCGCCAUCAGCAUCAGCAUCAUCGUCGUCGUUGUCGUCGUCGUCUUCGUCUGGAAGUGGCCGCAAGACGCGAAAGGCAAAGACGGCCGCAAUGAAGAAGACGAAGAAGGCAACAACCACGACCACCAAGAGCGGACGUACACUACGCGCCAAAACCACACGCAAGGCCACACGCGCUGCACUGCGAUCAUCGGUUGAAGAGUCUGCAACGGACACGUCAUCUGCGUCGUGGGCAUCCUCCCGCACCUCCAUGGCGGAGAGUGAGUUUGCGACACCAACGUCGGGAUCGCCCGUGUCAUCUGCAGCAUCAAGCGGACGCGUAACGCGCGCGUCAUCUCGCGCCGGUGCGCGCCAUCGCACCAACAGCAGCAGCAGCAGCAGCAGCAAGAAGGCGGCUGGUAGGAAGAGUGCAUGUGAUACCGAAGAGCGCGUCGUAGAUGAGGAGAGUGAUGAGGAGGCUGUGUCGACAGUCACGCGCGUGCAGCCCAACCGUCGCCGCAUUGCUUCCAUGUCAUCCUCAGACGAGGAUGGUGACGAUGAGGCAGAGGAGAACGAGCAGAGUGACGACAACAGUGACAACAAUGAUAACGAUGACGAUGUUCGGGUGUCUGCAGCAACUGAUGCGACGACGGCCGCCGUGCGCGAGGAAGUGUCGCCAUCAACAGCCAGCAGCGUCUUUGCCACUCCAGUUGACCACACAACGGCGAGCUCACGCCUCGCUACCGCUGCUGGUGAUGCUGACACGACAGUUGCCAACACCGAUGAGAGCGUCGCUUCAAGCGCAGCAUCUGCGGCAACAGCAAACAGCAGCGCAACCAUCUGUGCAUCUAAUGCAUCCACAGCUGCUGAUUUGUCCUCCGUUGAUGAUGCUGCCUCCUCUUCGGCAACAUCAUCGUUUGUGUCUGUGGAUGAGAGCGAUGAGACGACACCUGCUGCGUCUGCCGCUUCGCUCCUGUCCACGACACUCGACAGCACGGCCACCACGACAACGACAGCCACCACCGACGCUGACACCACCACCACCACGACAACGACAACCACGAGAGGCUCCACGCUGAGCGAGGACACAAGCACAGCGCCAUCGCGCAACGCAAGCAUCAUCAGCACAAGCAGCCGCAACACGUCAAUGGCCUCUGCUCGCGAGCCAUGCACACCAACGUCGCGUGUUGCAGGCGGCAGGAACAUCCGGCAGGAGUGCCCCACGCCAUCCACGGUAAAGAAGACAGGCCAGUUUACGCCCAUUGCCAAAACAGGCACGUCCUCCAUUGCGCGUGGGCGAUCGAGCACGCAGCGCACGAGCUUCCGGCAACUGGAGAAACUCGGCGCCGUCAAGCAGCGCCUGCAGAAUUUGCAGCGACAGCAUGAGUUGCGGCAGCAACGGACACGCCAGUUGUCGCACACACCCACCCCUGGUGGAGGCAAGGGCCGACCAAAGCCCAAGAUUGAUCGCACGGCGCUACGCAACAUCCCAGAGGAUGACGUCAUGCGCACGCCCGUGUCGUCUGCAGCCAACCGGGUGCGCUCCCGCUUUGGCGAGGCAGCUGACAACGCCACCAGCAGCAGCAGCAGUGCUGAUGGCACGGAUGCUGGCAACACAUCGGCCAUGUCGCUGUCGUCGUCCACUUCCUUCUCGUCUGCCGUGUCGUCGUCGACAGCCGGUACUUCAUCCACGUCUGCGUCUGCUGCGCGUGGUGCUGGUGUUGGCGCCUAUCGCUCCCGUCUGGCAUCGGGAAGCAGCAGCGUGUAUGGCAACCGCGCGCACCCGCGCAUCCCCUCCGCAUCCAAGUUUGGCGACAGUGACAGCGACGCAACGGUGCAGGCCUCUGACCACACCAACAGCACCAGCAGCGGCAGCAGCAACGCGGGCAGCGCUAACGCGGCCUCCCGUCUGCCUGGCAACAUGUUUGCCAACGGGCCGCUGGGCAACGAGUCGCACGCGAGCAGCAGGCCCGGUGACAUGUCAUCGUCUUCGUCCACGGGUGUGAACAGCACCAACAGCAGCCGAGUUGUGGAUGAGGCGUGGACCUCUGGCCUGUCGCUGUCAUCAUCGUCAGCAUCGUCAUCCUUCACCUCUGGCAACAAAUCCAAGCUGCCAAGUGCAUCUGACACCAGCAACAGCAGCACUGGCAAGUCUGGAGAAGAGAAUGUGACGUCCUCCAUGCUCAUGUCAUCGUACUCGUCCAUUUCGUCAUUCGCCGCCUCACAGGCCAAGUCGCUGCUGCGCGCGUUCUCGUCGGACACGUCUGCCACGAGCGACCAGGAGGCAGGCAGGACCGCAAGUCCUGCCGAGUCCUCCUUCUCGGACGAUGGGCGGUUCCACCCGAACGCGGCCAAGCGGAAGAGUGAUCCCGCUGAAGAGAGCGAGAAGCGCGCCAAGGCGAGCACCCAGACACGUGCAGCACCACUCUCCAACAUCGUCAGGCCCAGCAAGGCUUCAAAUGCUUCGUCUUCGAGUGCAAACGGCCGUGUGGUUCCGGGCAACUUGGCAACAAAAGCGAUGUCGUUCAUCAAACCCAAGACCGCGCCAAAGCCGCAGCAGAAGCCCAAGCCACAGAUCAAGGCAGUGGCCCAGGCACAACGCGCAAAGGAGGCGCAGGAGAGGCGGGCGCGUGAGCGCGAAGAGAAGCGGAAAGCAAACGAGGCCCGUCGCCGCGCACAGCAGGAAGCGCAGGCACGACAGCAGGCCAAAGAGGCACAACGACAGAAGCAGGAGGCCAUGCGUGCUGCUGAGAUGAACAAGUUGCGCAAGGAGAAGCAGCAGGCUGAUCAGCUGGCAGCAAAGGCCGAGCAGAACCGCCGGUUGCGCGAGAACAUGAGUCAGCAGCGCGCAAAGCUGAACGAAAAGCAGAAGCUGAAGGAGGAGCAAGAGAACAAAGACCGCCCACGCGGACUCCGCAAUCUCACACAGCACCAGCAGUGGGCGCCAUCAUCGCCUGUCGUUUCGCGACCGGAAGACAACUACGAUAUCAGCGGCAUGCGCAGCGACGACGACACAGACGACGAGAACGAUCCCCGCCAUGCCGUGCCCUCGUGGGCGCGCGACCACGCGCUGCGCACAGCGCUCAUUCGCCAACACAACGCGGGCCAGAACCCGUACCACAUUUUCCCGCCAGACGACUUCCAGCCCAUCAAGCUCUCGGAGGUCUUUCCAAACCACUCCAAGCCAAGAUAUGAGAGGCGCACGAGUUCAGCGCUGUGGGAAAACAGCCCACGCAACCCCGGCUCGCUCCGAAAAGUGCUUUGAGCCGAGAUGUGGUGGUGCUUGUCUGUGGAUGUCCAGAAAACAGAGUUGCUUGCUUUGUACGUUUGCACGUUGAAUUGAGUGAUAGUUGCCGCAAUGUUGGCUGCGUUGUGUUGCUUUCAGAAAGCCUCGUUGGUUGAGGAGAAGAUAACAGUGGUUGGCGUGUUGAGUGAGGGUGAAAGGAAGAGGGGGUUUGGUCUUUUUUACACAAUGAAUUGCUUUCAAUAUGAAACACACGUGAG